UGCCUGCACCUGGCUGCAGAGACCACACGGCCUUGCUGGGGCCCAGGAGGCUCAGGAGAGCGGAACAGGUGGGGCUCCCUCCAGCUAUUUCCAAACUCCUGGUUAUUUAUGACCCAUUAGUGGGUCAGAAAAUCAAUUUAGUAGUUCGUGACCUGCGUUUUAAAAAAUGAAAUAGAACAGAAAAUAUCGGGGUGCAUGGCAAGUACUAGGGGGCUCACCCCCCGCCAGUGAUGCCCAGCCCUUGGUAGCGCUCGAAGCACUUUCUACAGACGGGAUGGCGGUGGAGGGACCGGCCCAGUCCCACAGCCCAUGAGAGCGGAGGCCCCUUCAGGCCCAAAGAUGGGGAACAGCACUGCAGACAACUCCUCGAGCUGCACCAUUGACCACACCAUCCACCAGACGCUGGCCCCGGUGGUCUAUGUCACGGUGCUGGUGGUGGGCUUCCCAGCCAACUGCCUGUCCCUCUACUUUGGCUACCUGCAGAUCAAGGCCCGCAACGAGCUGGGCGUGUACCUGUGCAACCUGACGGUGGCCGACCUCUUCUACAUCUGCUCGCUCCCCUUCUGGCUGCAGUACGUGCUGCAGCACGACAACUGGUCGCACGGGGACCUGUCCUGCCAGGUGUGCGGCAUCCUCCUCUACGAGAACAUCUACAUCAGCGUGGGCUUCCUCUGCUGCAUCUCCAUCGACCGCUACCUGGCCGUGGCCCACCCCUUCCGCUUCCACCAGUUCCGGACCCUGAAGGCGGCCAUGGGGGUCAGCGCCGUCAUCUGGACCAAGGAGCUGCUGACCAGCGUCUACUUCCUCAUGCACAAGGAGGUCAUCGAGGACGGGAACCAGCACCGCGUCUGCUUCGAGCACUACCCCAUAGAGGCAUGGCAGCGCGGCAUCAACUACUACCGCUUCCUGGUGGGCUUCCUCUUCCCCAUCUGCCUGCUGCUGGCCUCCUACCAGGGCAUCCUGAGGGCCGUGCGCCGGAGCCACGGCACCCAGAAGAGCCGCAAGGACCAGAUCCAGCGGCUGGUGCUCAGCACCGUGGUCAUCUUCCUGGCCUGCUUCCUGCCCUACCACGUGCUGCUGCUGGUGCGCAGCCUCUGGGAGGCCAGCUGCGACUUCGCCAAGGGCGUCUUCAACGCCUACCACUUCUCGCUGCUGCUCACCAGCUUCAACUGCGUGGCCGACCCCGUGCUGUACUGCUUCGUCAGCGAGACCACCCACAGGGACUUGGCUCGCCUCCGCGGGGCCUGCCUGGCCUUCCUCACCUGCUCCAGGACCGGCCGGGCCCGGGAGGCCUACCCGCUGGGCGCCCCCGAGGCCUCGGGAAAGAGCGGAGCCCAGGGCGAGGAGCCCGAGCUGUUAACUAAGCUCCACACCGGCUCGCCUGCAGGAGGGGGGUCCCCCAUGGGUGGCUCAGCCUAGCCUGGGUCCCCCAUGCUGGGGCCAGGGGAGGCCUGAGCCUGCAGCUGCUGGCCCAGGCCCUGAGCUUGCUGGCCAGCUGCCCCCCGCUUUCCCAGGCACAGGUGCCUCUUUGUGCAGGAGGGAAGGAUGGGCCCUGGUCUAUGGAGGGGAAUAAGCCCUUCGGGCUCAUGGGUGUCCUCUUGGCCAGUUGGAUGCAGCCAGGCUGGGGCUCCUUGGGGGAGGAAGACUGAGCUGUAGCUUCCGGGAGGUUUUCAAAGAGCUGUGAAGGGGUUGUGGAGUGGGGGGACAUGGGGUGGGGAUCGGGAGGUGAGGCGGGCAUCUGGGUGUCCACCUGCCAGGGCCUUCCAAGGCCGUUGUCAUCGUCACAGAUGAUACCUGUCCAAAUGCACCGCUGUUACCCGAUGAUGGGACACAUGAAGCUGUGCUGUUAUCAUGAACACUGGAGCCCCGCCCCACACAGGGUGGGAAGGGAAGAUUAGAUGGGCAGAAGGAAGGUGGGGGGCGUCUGGGGCGCUGGGAGUGGGAGCAAGGACAGUGAGGGUGUGACGGACAGAGGAGGACUCUAGCUCCAGCCACAUCACGGUUUCACAGGAGGCUGAGCAGAUCCCCAGCCUGAAGGCUGAUGGAAAACAAACCCCAGGGCUCCCCAGGGCUCCCUGGGGA